GUCGCGUUCAAACUAGCUUCUGAAGAUCUUCUCUCUUCCUUUGUGGAGAAAUUCAAAACUUUAUCACAGAAUUGUUUGGACAAAAAUGGACAGAGAUAUAUCAAGUCAAUUAGAGGUGGGAAACAGAUAAGUCCAGAGGGAAUGGACGGUGGUAUGCAAGUUGUUUUUAUUGUGGAGUUCGACGACAAAGAGCACGCCGAUUACUACCUUGACCAUGACUCCGCCCAUGCCGAUUUCAAAAAAUUAGCAAGAGCCAAAUACCAAGUCAACGGAGUUUUCUGCCUUGAUUUCGUAGAAGGACAAUUCUGA